GUCGAGACAGAUUCAAAAGAUGGAAAACAGGUUCCCCUUCGCUUUCAAGUUCGAAGUCCAAUUUCAAACACCAGCCAGCUCAUUGCGCGCAGCGGCGUCCUUCCACAUCCCUUGGAAGGGUCCGCACGAUGGCGUCCAUGGCGGCCACGUCAAUUAGUUUGAGGGCGGGAGUCCCACUCUUCAAUGGGCAAGCUCUAGAGGGGAGGCAGUUGAGCAGGGAUGCAUGCUCGUGUGUGCAGCCAAUGUGCCUCAAUGUGGAGGCUCGGCACAAGCAAUCGAGGAUUAUGCCGCAACAACAGUUGGCCACACAUACAACACUCCGGAGUGUUGCGUCCCGACAUGCAUCACAAAUUUCUAAGACUAGGCAGACUGUGUGUGCUGCUGGCGGGCUGGGGGGUGAAGACGACAGUGACGGCAACGUGGUUGAGUUUUUUGAUGAGGAAACGUUCAGGAAGCAUCUGCACGAUGCUGGGGACAAAUUGGUGGUUGUGGAUAUCUCCACCAAAACCUGCGGGCCCUGCAAAAUGAUAUACCCGAAAUUCGUAGAGAUGAGCGAGGAGUUCACUGACGCGGUCUUCUUGAAGAUCCAGGGCGAUCAUGACGCUGGAACCCGGGCUCUUAUGCGGGAUUGGAAGGUGAGGUCCGUCCCGAGCUUCAGAUUCUAUCGCAACGAAGAGCUCAUCCACUCUCAUACUGGAGCGAAGGUUGACAAGCUGCGAGAAGAACUCCAAAAGCAUUACGCUUCAGCUAAUGCAUAAGGCUCUAGGUGAGUUGGUGAUUACGUGUUGAGGACAUUUACUUUCGACACUCUGUUGAGCGAAGAGAGUGUCUGGCACGAGAAUUCAAGGUCGCAACAAUGCAAUCUCUAGCGGUUUGUGCUCCGUGCUUUUUGCCACACCUCCAAGUUCUAUGCAGAAUCGAGGGUUGUCCGGCGUAUGUCUGAACGGAUUCUCAUCGUGCCGAAUAUUAUGCGUGUAUGCUAAACCGUCAAUUGAUUGAGACUUGCUAGGCGCCUAUAUGACGAAUCAAUAGAUGGUGAUUUCUCGAUAAAAGCAUUGCUUGAAAGCAAACAUCAGAUUGUCGG